GUACUGUGUACUGCGUCAGUAUAAACACAAAAAGCGCGCUAGAUGGUCUACAGCGAAAGUUAUCAAUAGUGUCUCUGUUCGUAUACCUUUCGUGUACCUAAAUCUUUUGACGUUUCAAAUUAAUUUAUUGCAACAGCAAAAAUCUGCAAUGGCCGAGGUUGCUGAGGAAUACUACCACGUUUACACUAGGAUAGAAGAUAUCACAGAAGAGGAUGACAGACAUUUGGCCGGAGCAAAGAAGGAGACUAGAAAUGAUUUAACAAUUAUUAUUCCAGAAAAUCCGUUUCCAGAAAUAGCAGUAGAUGCGUAUCCUCCUUUGAAGUUCUCUUGGGUUAUCCCCAAAAAGCUGGCAGCCAUGGCUUUCCCGAGACAUAUAGAGAAUCUAAAGUUUCUCAUUAAUCAAGGUAUAAAUCAUCUGGUGACUUUGACUGCGGGUAAGAAACCCCCAGUGGACGAUAUGCCUAGGUUAAGAUGGACCGAGAUACCGAUAGAAGAAUUCCAAGCACCAACAGUGGAACAGAUUGGUCAGUUUAUUGAUGUUUGUAAACGAUCGGAUAAAAACGGUGAGGUGAUAGGUCUCCACUGCCGGCAGGGUCGCAGCCGCUCCGGUGUGAUGUUAGCUUGCUACCUGGUCCACUUCCACCGGUUCCUUCCAGACCAAGCUAUGAACGUUAUCCGAAUGAUCCGUCCAGGUUCGUUAGUAUUUGAAGAACAGGAAGAAGCAGUUGGCAGAUAUUUUGAGUAUCUGACGGAGAACAACCCACUUAGAUUCGGCGUCAGCGGUGAUGUCAUGGAGGAGUUUAUAGAAGUCGCUAAAGAUGCUACUAAGAAGGCCUCAUAGAAAUACAAUGAAACGAUAAUAGUUAAUUAAGGACCUAGGUUUAUUAAAAUUAAGGUAUAAUCAAUUUUAGACCUUGAUUGAAACUUUUUUAAGGUUGCAUCACUUACGGGCACAUUAUUUAUGUAGUAGCAUGUAAUAAUACAAUAGUAAUCCAAGUGUGACUUCAAAGUCGACAGUUUUCAUAUGAUUCGGAGCCAAAAUUUACGUCACAAAUGCAAUACCAAAAUUCCAAUGGCGUUGAUAACCGGUUCAAUGAAGACU